AGGGCACAUUACCGGGCGUAAGAUAGUCCCACCCUCUUUAAAAAUGGCGACUCAAUUAACUCGUCAAGGUCACGUUAUAAAGCUCGGCCACGGCUUGCUACCGACGUCACAAACAAGCGACAAGGGCAAUAAUGUUGCGGAGAGCUGUAGCUGUGUGCCGACACCGGGUUAACACUGUGUGUAGGACUCUAUGUAUUCAGAGUAAGGUACCACAGAAACCAACAUGGAAUCUGGAACCGGAGCCUGACAGACAGGUAAUGGAUGUUCACAUUACUAUAGAAGUGAUUGAUCAUUUGGAAAGAUUGGCACUGGUUGAUUUCCGAAAUAAGGAAGGUGUCCAGCGGCUGGAGAAUGCAGUCCAAUUCGCCAAGCAGCUGCAUCAUGUUAAUACAGAUGGCAUAGAACCCUUGGCAUCUGUUCUCGAAGACAGGCAGCUGUACAUCAGAAAAGACUGUGUUACCGGUGGAGAUUGUGCAGAAAGUUUACUUGACAACGCCACCGAUGUUGUAGAAGAAUAUUUUGUAGCACCUCCAGGUAAUAUUCCUCUGGAAACAAAGAAUGACCGUGCCAGUUUGACAAAGUUUGACAAGACUUGAUUAAAAUCCAAGGACCAAAAUUUCC